AUGGCUGCUCGAGAAUCUGGUAGAAUAAAAGAUGCAUAUCAAAAGAGAGUGCUUGAUGAAGCUGCUCGUAAGCGUAGACAAAAGAAAGCAUUGGAGGCUUUGGAGCAAGAUAAUUUUCACGAUGAUCCGCAUGCGGAUUUGGUAAUGAGCAAGAAAGUUCCAAAGUUUCAAGAGACUUUAGAUAAUAGAGGUGGUAGAAGAAAAAAGACCAGAUCAGCAGAGUAUUAUAAACAACGAUUUCGUAAAACUUUUGCUCAGUUAGUGGAAGAAGAUCUAAAUAUUAAUCCAAAUCCACCUAAUUAUGCAUCUGCUCAAGCACAACCAUCCCGAUUUCCAGAACGACAAUUUUGUGCAGUUUGUGGUUUCCCUAGUAAUUAUACUUGUAUUCCUUGUGGAGCUAGAUAUUGCAGUAUGAAGUGUCUAGGUACUCAUCUUGACACAAGAUGUUUAAAAUGGACAGCUUAAUAAGUAUGUGGUUAUCAUGAAGCUUAUUAUAGUUCAGUGUUAUAAAUAAAACAUAUUUUUCUUAUUGUAAACGUAAUAAGACUAAUAUAUGUAAGAAAAAAUAUUCAAUAAAAUUGUGUAUUUUUAUAUUAA